CCAGAGGGCGCUUGGGUCCGCAGAUUCUUGUGGAGUUCCGGAGCUGGCGAGUCGACGCCAUCUUCACUUGCUUCAUUUCCGCUCCUGUUGUUAUGCCAGCUGUCUUCAUUAGCGGGCGGUGAACCGACCGUUCUGAAAUCAUGGGAAGAAAAAAGAAAAAGCAAAUGAAGCCUUGGUGCUGGUACUGUAACAGAGAUUUUGAUGAUGAAAAGAUUCUCAUUCAGCACCAGAAGGCCAAGCAUUUCAAGUGCCACAUCUGUCAUAAAAAGCUGUACACUGGCCCUGGUCUUGCGAUCCACUGUAUGCAGGUACAUAAAGAGACCAUUGAUGGAGUUCCCAAUGCAAUACCUGGAAGAUCAGAUAUUGAGCUGGAAAUAUAUGGUAUGGAGGGUAUUCCUGAAAAAGACAUGGAAGAGAGAAGAAGAGUGCUAGAACAAAAGAACCAAGAGACUCAGAAGAAAAAGCAGAACCAGGACGACUCUGAUGAGUACGAUGAAGAUGAUGAGCCUGGUCCAUCCUUCCAGCAGCCUGCUGCAGGCCAGCCCCAGACAGGCUACAUCCCCCCUAUGACCCAGCCUGGCAUGCCUCCUGGCACUGGUGCUCCAGGGAUACCUCCUGGCAGCUACUCAGGAAUUCCCCCAAUGAUGCCUGGUGUGCCACCAAUGAUGCCAGGAAUGCCACCCGUACUGCCAGGAAUGCCUCCGGGGAUGAUACCAAUGAGUGGGAUGAUGCCUCCGGGUCCAGGCAUGCCUCCAGUGAUGCCAGGUGUGCCACCAGGCAUGCCUCCUCCGGUAGGCCACCGCCCAGGCAUCACACACAUGGCUCAGGUCCCCUCGGCUGCAAACGUACUGACUAGACCUGCUGUUCCUGCUGCGAGUACCCCCUCAGCCCAGCCUGAUGUCACAAAGCCUCUUUUCCCCAUUUCUGGACAGAUGACCAGUCAUGUCGCAAGUACAAGUAUAGGCUCAGCAAGUGCAGACUCUCAGUCUGCAUCCCCUAACGUUCUGUCUUCUAUCACAUCACAAAGUCCGCAGACAGUGUCAGGGUCCCCCCACCCUCCCCCCUCCACCUCCUCUGAUCCCUCAAAGCCCACAUUCCCAGCCUACACUCAGGCCACCGUAGCUGUGUCCAGCCCCUCUGCUGGAACCAGUACGGUAUCCAAACCUCCCUCUACUGUGACCAGUAAGCCCGCCACCCUAACCACCUCCAGUGCAACCAGUAAGUUGAUCCACCCUGAUGAGGAUAUCUCACUGGAAGAGUUGCGGGCUCAACUGCCCAGGUACCAGCGCGGUAUUCCCCGCCAAGGCCAGACCACCACUGCAGCCCCAUCAGUGGGUCCGAUGAGUGGCAUGAUGGCUUCUCAGCAGCCUGGCAUGAGGCAUCCCAUACCUGGCCAGUAUGGUGGUCCACCCCAGGGAAUGCCGGGCUACAUGCCAGGAGGGAUGCCGCCAUAUGGACAGGCUCCUCCUGUGGUUCCCUCAGGGUACCAGGGAGCCCCCACACGACCACCUAUGGGUGUGAGACCUUCUGUCAUGUCUCCUGGAGGACGCUACUGAUGAAGUCUGCGUUCCUCUCUACAAUAGGUUUGGACACUCAACCCUUUUCUAAUGUCCCCAGCUGCUAGUAAACAAACAAGUAUUGGUAUUUGUAGUACGACGACAUAGUGUUUAAUUCUACUACUGAGCUAUGAAGAAGAGACACUGAAUGAACAGCAAACAAAAGACCUAUAAAGGCAUCACAGAGCGCAUGGAAAAUAUUUACACUAUACCUAACCACGGCUUUGAACUGUUGUUUCAAACCAUCUCUGUUCUGUGGCUUCUUUUCCUUCUUAUGUUUCAUUUAGGUGUAUAGAAGUGUAGUAAUAUGGUUCGUAGUGUUGUGAAGGCGCUGGAGUUACAUGGGCAGUACCCACCCUUUAUCAAGGCAAGUUUUAUGUGAAUACAUUUCUGUUCUAAGUUUAACAGUGAGGCCUUCACAGCACAUAGUGCUGUUGGACUUUGUGUCCCCAACUUUGUUUGGUGAGGGCUUCAACUAAGUUUCAGCAUUCAUUCUGUUUUGUGUUCAUGGUUCAAUGAGGAAAUACUCUUUGAACCUAAAAUAAGUGAAGUAUUCAAUGAAAUGGUAUAUGUAUUGUUGUAAAACUGUAUUGUAAUAAAAUGUGGCAAAAAUGUAAGACUCUUCUUUGUGGGACGUUAGUGGGAAAAGAGACGUCACAGCAGGUUUGUACUUCGUUGUAAACUACAUGACGAUUGUGCUUUUGUUUUCUCGGAGAUGAACAGUAUUGACAGAAAUAUGCAUCUUUGCUUUUAACUUAUUGUUGGGUUGAAAUUAAAAAUGUGAGUAAAUGUUUUUCUUUUUGCAAUAAGCACACUUUUUUUGGUUGUGUGUUUAUUGAUGCUCUGUACAUGGCACUGGCGGGCUGGCCUUUGACACGGCGAGUGCAUUGUACAGCUACAUAACUUCCGGGUCACUGAUGGCUGUAGUGCUAAAACCCAGAUUUCUCUUCUCCCUGUAGCGAUGCCAUGGGGGACUGGCUGAGGCCCUGUCUCAGUGUAGCCCUGUUUCAGCCUGAGGCAAGUCUCACCAUUUUCUGUCUUCUCAUUCAUUACCAGGGGCCCUCACAGCAUACACGCUGUUGGAUCUCAAUGUCCCCAAACUUGCAGCAAGUUUGGUGAAGGCCCUUGUUUUGUGUUGUUGCAUUUAGGCACCAUUUUUUUCAGGCAUCUUACUUCGUGUCAGUUAUACUCUUGUUAAGUCUUAUUGCAUUUGAACCUGUAUCCUCGAUUCUUGAUUGUUGAGAGCAGCAGGAAGCUCUGUUUUCAUUUAAUAACUUUAUACUGAAAGUAUGGACUUAUACUUAUUAUUACUUAUUAGUAUUAAAUGAAGCAAUAUUCCUUUAGAAGGUUUAGUUAUUAAGAAGUCCUACAGUCCACAGCAGUUUGGCUUGGUCAAAACUCAAAUCAUUCAAGAGUUCCACAUAGACACCAUUAACUGUCUCUCACAUACAGCCAUUUAUGUAGAUUUAAUGGGAGGCUUGAUUAACAAAUGACUUUUUAUAUGCUUGGAAAUUGGCUUUAUCACUUAAUCCUGUUUGUUUUAUCAGCUUUCCGCACUUGAUCAUUUGCAUUUAACUACUUACAUGAAGGAGAGUCUCUGCCAGUAACAGGUUAGUUAAAGCUGUAAGUACCACUGCUGUAAUUUUAAUUUCUGUCAACCUGUGUUUUUUGUGUACACAUAAUGAAAUAUUAACACCUGUCACCUGAAGGUCUUUUUGGGGAAAAAAGCCCUCAUCAUUUCGUAAGCAUUUAUAUGCUAAUGAAAGCCAACCAUUCAGUAUGAUUUUGUGGAAUAACUGUCUAAUAAAUCAUUGUACCUGAGUGUGCAACACAUUUCUUUUCAUUAGCUCUGCUUAAUGUGAACAGCAUCUCAACAGUUUUUUGUUUGUUUGUUUGUUUUUUUUUUUUUUUUCUGAUAAUCAUGAUUAAACAAAUGAUUCAGUGCUUUCAUUAUCAAUACAGGUUAGAGUUUUCACUGGUAAGUAUGACCGCAUUAUCAUGUCUGGUUAAUAUGAAAAUCCAGUUAAUAUUGGUCGAUUGUUUGCUGAAAACUAUCUGCUGUGUCAGUCUAAGCUAAGUCUAGGCUUUAUCAAAUAUCACACAGAAGGUUUUGAAAGCUUUUACCUGCCAAGAGCACAGUUUUAUUUAAAGGUUAAUUCUGCUUGUACAGUUAUUUUGUCCCUUGUCUGAGAGUAUGAUGGUACUGGGGCAGGUUGGAAGCUGUGGAAGAGAUAUUUUUCUGCUUUGAAGUUGAGUCAAAAAGUCAUCUAAUCAUGAAUAUUUCUUUUAUUGUCUGUCCCUCAAAGUACACUCCAGGACUUUCUGUGAAUAUUUACUGUUUUUUCUUAAAUAAAAUAGUUCAUAAACUCU